UAGGCAACUACCAGAGAAACAUAUCUGUCUGCCUAAACACCUCCAGUUACUGCAGUGACUUAGCAUCAAUGCAUCAGAUAUAAGAAUUUCUUGAAAUAUGGCUUUGAUGAACUUGAUGGUUUGGUUGGUUGUUCUUCCCUGGAUCACUUGUGCCUUUGCAGAUCCUUGUAAUGUCGAUGGUUGCUCAAAUGUUUUUAUUGUGGAUGACGAGUAUUCUGGACUCAUCAAUCAGAGCUGUUCUGCACCACCACCCGUCCCUAAGAAGUGUUCCAAAUCCCCAAAAAAAGAAAAGAACAUUUGUCAGGUUUUGAGAGACAACUGCUUCAUUUCAUUUAACAGUGAAAACGUAUCCUCUAAGUGCAGAAAAAAAGAUUUUUGGAUGGAAACAAGGGACAUUUCCACGCUUCUGUAUAUGUCAAAGCAACAUGUCAUUGACGACUUGGUUCUGUGUGUAAUAACUGGAAAAAAUUGCAGUGCAACAGUAAACUCAACACUGAAAGCAACACUGGACUGGUCUGGAAAAAGGGAUAAGAAUGUUGAGUUAUUUAACCAAGGCACUGACAACUGCAGUACAACCUGUGUGCGCCCAAAGAAAAAUUGCAAAAUUAACAAAUUUGAUGAGUUACAAUGUAAAGAUAUUCGAGAUGGAGAAAAUUUCAUCAUCAAUAUGACACAACCACAAGUAAAUUGUUACAACUGUUACAACGCAACGAAAGAACCGAAAGAGAAGAUUUCUUCUCCUUCAUUGAGGAACAUGGACGAGGACCACAUCGACCCAGUCAAAGCUUCUCAAGCUAUGAAAGACAUGUCCUUACUCGUCUCCGAAAUGAAUGAGACUUCAGCAUCUGUGUCAAUGGGAGAAGUAAAAGGCAUCCUUGUGAAGCAGGAAGACCCUGUGUAUUUUGAACAAUUUUCCUUUGGCUAUACCAACUCCAACAUUAAUAUUGUACAAGACUUGGAAAAAUUGGAUGGAUUUUCCAGGUCUGUUACUGUCUCAAAGGAAGCAUUUGAAAAAGUGUACAAUUCAACCAAUGGUACUUCAUUUGCUGGUGUUUUCUGGUUUCCCAACUUUGCAAAGGAUUUAAAAAACAGCACAGUUCUGAACAAUGAAGUAGUAGCAAUUGAGAUGGGAGCCUUAAUCACAAAUCUUACAGACAAAAUAUCUAUAAGUUUUCGCAAUAUAAAUAAGGAGGGAGCCAGUGCAUCUUGCCAGUCAUGGGGCGGUGAAGGAAGUCAGCCUAACUGGACAUCAGAUGGCUGUUUAACCAUAGAACAGGGUCAAAAUUUAAUAUGCAAAUGUACACAUCUGACAUUCUUUGCUGUGUUGAUGUCACCUCCGAACAUAACCAUCUCUGAUGAAGAUCUAAGCUACCUCACCUACAUCACAUCAGCGGGCUGUGGGUUGUCCAUGUUUUUUCAGAGUGUGGCCCUCUUCAUCCACUUUCUGAUAAGGAAGAACAAGGCCAGCGACGCCACUCGGAUCCUUAUGCAGCUCUUCAUAGCCAUGUUCCUUCUCAAUUUCACCUUCCUGACCAAUGCCCAUAUUGCAAACCUUCAGAACACUAUGGGUUGCCAGUUAAUGGCUACCAUAAUGCACUUCUCCAUGUUAAGCACCUUCACCUGGUUCGGUGUGAUGGCCUUACACCUCUGUCUGCAGAUGUAUAUAGCCAAGAGCAUCAUCAUUUCUCACUACAUACUCAAAGUCUGCAUUGUUGGGUGGGUUUUGCCAUGUGUGGUUGUGGCAGUUCUUUUCAGCCUGGGAAAAUAUGGUGAACAAGGCAUCCACACCAGCGGGGGAAAAGAUGUAAUGAUGUGCUGGAUAGGAGAUUCUAAUGUCCACUACAUUGUAAACAUUGGCUACUAUGCGGUGGUCUUCGUGUUUACAUUUAUUACAUUUAUCAUCGUACUGCGUUGGAUGGUCUACCUCAAGAGCUCAGAGACGGACACCAGCUGGCUCGGCUUGGGCGCCAAGAAAAUGAUGGCGAUAUUUGGUCUGUCCUGCCUGCUGGGCAUCACAUGGAGUUUUGCCUUCUUUGCCAGCGGUCCUCUGCGGGUGCCAUCUUACUACAUCUUUUCCAUCCUCAACUCCUUUCAAGGCUUCUUCCUGUUCCUGUACUACUACAAGACCAGUCAGGUAGUCGGAGCAACUGUUGAAGACUCCAGUGGAAGUGGAAAAAGCUCCUUCAGCACCGUCAACAUGAAUUUCAAGCCCCACAUCAAUCCCUAUGUCAGCCAACAACAGCACUGAGUUCAGGAGCAGAGGAGGUCAUUAGUUCUGAGUCCUUCAAGAUAGUGUAAGCCUAUGGACCAGAGCAGUUUGCAAAUACUUGAUGUAAAAUGAAUAUCCAAUGUAGGAUUACCAAGCUUCACGCAAACAAUAUAUAUAAGAAACACACGUUUAAUGUUCUUUAAAAUGUACACUUAAUACAAAAUGUUAUUUCAAUGUAAACUAAUUAUAUUUACCCACCCCCCACCCUGUCGUAACUUUUUUUUCUAUGUACAAUCUGUAAGAAAAUAUUAAAACCCAGUGUCUAUUUUACUAAAA